AUGUCUGAAGUAGACCCCCUCCUUUCCUCUCAUAUCCCACCAGAAACAGAGGAACCAUACAGCUGGAAAGAGUGGGCAGCUGAACACCUCGAGUCCCCUGCACUGCACAAGACCGUCAUUGCACUGGCUCGUAUUCUUGUCUUGAUAGAUUCGGCUUGCGUGCUCGCCGAUCUGGGCUACACAUUUCUCAACGAGACCUGCACGCCUGAUGAAGAGAACCAGCCUCUGUGGCUGACCAUCUUAGCCCAUAUUUCGUUGGCCAUCACGGCCUUCUUCCUGGUUGAAAUCCCGAUAAACAUAUGGGCGUUCGGCUGGACGUUCUAUCGGCCUGGGGGACGUGCCCUGCACUCGUCUCUGCAUUUCUUCGACGCUGUCGUGAUCGCCACCACGUUCAUCUUUGAGGUCGUUCUUCGAGGUCGCGAGAGAGAACUCGCGUCUUUGCUAAUCAUUCUGCGGCUGUGGCGCCUGGUCAAACUCGUGCAGGGGAUCGCGGUCAGUGCAGGAGAGCUAGAAGAGGGGAACGCGAGAAAGCUAGAGGAGACUGAGCGCGAGCUUGAGGGUGUCAUAGUGGCCCUCGCGGAUACACGGGAAGAGAAUCAUAGACUUCGCGAACGCAUUCGCACUCUCGAGAGUAGUUCGUGA